UGCGCAUUUUCACAGAGCUCUUGUGGUGGCAGCUGCGCUCGCAACCACAUUUCUAAUAUGUGAGAUAUAACGCCCGGGCUCUGGCGAGGAGGAAGAAGACGACAAGUUGAGCACCACUUGCCUUCCUGUGGCCCCUCGAGCUUGAGAACCUCUGAUUGCAGCUUUGUCCAUGUGACUUGGCUUCCGUUGUAUGCUUCUGUGAAUAGUAAAACAGAGGUGUCAGUGCUUCUGUCAGAGGACGGCACAUGAAGAUCACACAUGAGAACACACUACAGCGGAGAGUGAAACAGCGAUAUGUGAGGAUGUUAAAAUGUCAGUUCACGGCCCUUCAUCCAUCCUCUUUUGCUUACUGUUAUCCAUGUGGACCAUCCUCACACCAACCUCAAGUCAUCCGCAACACAGUCAGUGCAAGCUGACACAAAGAACGACUCUCUGCAACAAUAGCAACCUUACGUCAGUACCUGUGGGAUUACCAGGCACCACUGAGGAGCUUCAGCUCAAUCACAAUCUUAUCAAGAUACUACAGGACAACUCUCUUCAGUAUCCCUCACUCACUAGCCUCAGUUUAGCCUGCAACCAGCUGGAGAAAUUACAGUCUAACACUUUUCAGCACUCCGAAUUGUUGAAGAGUCUUAAUUUAGCAAAUAAUAAUCUGAAUAUUAGAUAUCUAGAAACCAGCAACGCUUUAAAGACCUUGCCCAAUCUUAAAUCUUUAGAUCUAUCAGUGAAUAAACUGGAUGAAGAAAUGGCUGCCGUCCUUCUUCAAAAUCUGACAGCCCUGGAGUACCUAAAUCUUUCAGGGAAUCUCUUACGCCGCCUGGACGAGACCUCAUUCAGGGAUCUCCACCAGCUCAAAGACCUCGACCUGCAGAGGAACCUCCUGUUUGAGAUCGACAACGCCUUCGACAGCACUCCCAGAUUACAACGACUCAACUUGGCCUUCAACUAUCUACCUUGCCUGACUGACUUCGACAUGACCCAGCUGGUGGUCCUCAACGCCAGCCACAACUUCAUCGAGUGGUUCAUCUCCAGGCAGGAUGUCAAUGACACUUUCCAAAUAGAGACGCUUGAUCUGUCCGAUAACAAACUGCUGUUCUUUCCAUUCCUACCCAACGUGAGCCGGUUACAGAAUCUGUACCUGUCCCACAACAUUGUGAGUUUUUAUGAGCACCUGGCGGACAAUGUCACAUUCCCCAACUUGACCGCCACUGUCAAGUUCUACAACCUGAGGAAGAACACAAACAACAUCACGGCUCAGCUGUGGGAUGACAGUCUUCACGGCGACAUCUCCUCGGUGGAGAUUUUAGACCUACGAGGAAAUCAGUUGCACUACUUCCCGCAAGGAUUCAUCCACAAAAUGCCCUCCCUAUCUAGACUCCGAAUGUGCACCAACUGUCUAGAAAGCUUGAAUCUAACUUCGGAGCAAUUCUCUGAUCGCUUGUAUGAAUUGGACGUUAGCAACAACAGACUGAAAGAGAUCGUAGCAAAUGACGUUACGUUGAGAACUCUUAGCAAUUUGACAUACCUAAACCUUAGCCUGAAUGAUCUUGACUGCUUAUCAUCAGAACUACUGUUUGCCUUGCCAAGCCUUAGGUCAGUGGACCUGAGUUACAACAACAUGGGAAUAUGCCUUCCUGAGGAAGUUGAGGGCAGUGCAGGGAUAGCCUGGAACACCACAGUGUCCUUAAGGCAGCUUUACCUCAAGGGAUGCCACCUUCCAAGAAUUCCGCCUUUUGCAUUCUCCGGACUCUCUCUCACACAUUUAGAACUAUCUGAUAACCCCGGACUAAGAGGCCAACAAUCAAUAAAAAGUCUGAGCACAACAUUACACCACUUAGGUUUGGGAAACACACACGUUGGGGAGUUGGACUUCACAAAUUUUCAGAAUCUGAAGUCUCUGAAUAUUUCAUGCAACUCUCUCGCACAUCUUCCAGCUUCGAUCUCGGGUCUUGACUUAAAACAGCUCGAUUUAAGGGACAAUGAGCUGUCCACUAUUCCCUCACUUCAGGCCAACACAUUAGCCUCUAAACUUCACACUGUUUUCCUCACAGGAAAUCCAUUCAACUGCUGUCAGACAGAGUGGUUUAGGACAUUUGAAACAACAAAGACAAUCCAUAUGGUCGGACAGUCGGAAAUGGAAUGUACAGAUCUUUUCCAAACACACAGCAUCUGGCAUUCCCAGUCAUUUUUGUGUCAUGAGGAAUAUGGAGAAUCUAUUUUGUGGUACAUUCUCCUUUUUGUACCCGUUUGCAUUUCUUUAGUGGGUAUUUUAACGAUUUUAUUCCUCACGCUGAAGCCCAAAGUGAUACACAAAUCAAUCAAAAAGAACUAUUUAAAGCCUACAUCCUAUUGACACUUUUUAAGUCUCGGCAAUCCAAAAUAAGUUUAUGUUGAAAAAUGGUAUGACUCUCAGAAAUAAAAUCAACCUUUUGUUAAACUGUCACGGAUUAUCAAAGCACUUGUAGGUAUACUGUGAGUCCAACAUUCACAACAUACUGCACAUUUUUACGGUGUAUAAUCAAUAACCGAUUCCAGGAACAAAAUGUAUGUUUUUUUUCUUGUUUGUUUUUCAGAUGGGUGAUUUCUCAGUGAAAAACAUUUAAAAGAUUUUAAAAUGCAGUACUUUUACAUUUCAGAAAGAUUAAAGGUGAGAUCAUCAACAACAAAAACGUUGCAUCACGUCAUCGGCGGAAGCAUCUAAUCCAAUUCAAUUACUUGUGGUGCUUCCAACCACUUGGGGGCAUAUUUGAAUGUUAUUUGGUCCUCGCUAUGGUAUCCUGUGAUACACUAACCAGUGUAAGCAAUAACAUUUCCACACUCACACAGAGUAUUUCAUUUCCCACCAUUGCAUGCACAAGAGUGUGGUUCAAAGCCACAGCCUUCUGGUACCUCAAUCUAAAACUGCGGCUGGGUCCCGUUUUGUGUGUGAAUGUGUGCUUGGUGGUGUUCUUCAUGUGUGAACAUAUGCAGAAGUGGUGUGGUGCAAGCUGUUGCUAUAAGCAGCGGAGGAAACAAGAAAUUUCCUGUUUUGCUCAAAUGUGUAGCAACUGCCCAGUUCCGCAUCUCAAAGAGGAGCGUUUCCUUCCUAACGGAUGAAGGGCAAAUGCAACAUCAACACAAUAUUUCAAUGUGAGGAGCACAUUUUGGAUCCUUGUGCUUGCUCAUCUUUUCUGGAGACGUGCAGAAAGGAAAGGAGAGGCAGAUAUCAGUCAACAAAUUGAAAAAGUACAUAGACAGCCUGUAAGUGCGUAUUUAUUAUUAAUGAGUCAAGUUGCUGAAGAGCAAGAAGGCUGAUGUGUGUAGUUACAGAAGAGCAAGAGGCCUAACCAGAAGGUAACCAAAAUACCGCUGUGGUGAUGCUCAAGGUCAUGGCGGUUGAAGACAUAUAAAUAGAAACUAGAAAGAAACCUUGACAUAACUAAAAUCACUAUUUAAAAAAGAAAAAAAAAAGUACAGUUGAGAACAAAUCAACAUUUAACUUUUAUUAUUUUAUGGAGUUAAAAGAUUCAGUCAAACAUUCUGGAAAGUAAUCUUAUUCUGCCAUCCCUGUCUUUACUUUGACAACUUCAAAUGAGUGAAAUAAACCUGUUUUCUGUUUCCAAGAGGAUAUGAGAAAAAUAAAACAAUCACAACAUAAGUUAUACAUGCCUAUAAUCUAUCUAACCAUUCAUUUUCUACAUUGCUUGUCUUCAUUGAGGUCAAGGGUGAGCUGGAGUCUAUCCCAAACAAACAACAAUUUACACUCGCAUUCACUGUGCGAACCACUCAGCUUCCAUGACAAUGGUGCCACUUGAUGGUAUUUAAAGUAUAUUGUUUUAAUUAAUAUAGUACCUCCAGUUCUGAUGAAGUUCUUUACCAUGUAGUGAAAAAAAAACCUGAAAGUGUAAUAAGUGAGGAUUAUCAUUCAACUUCUUUUUAGAAAGUGUAUUAUUUUUUUGCUUUUGGUUAAGCGAUUUAGAUUCAGAAAACCUUAUUAAUCCCCAUGGGAAAUUAAGGGAGCAGAGAGUGGUAUAGUUAUUUACACAAAAUCUACUACAUAAAUAAGUGAAAAAUAUACAGGAUGUAUUUACAUUAUUGCACACUAGAUUGUACAGACACAAUCAAGUGUCAAUUACAAUUAUUCUUUUACUGUGCAGAGACUAGUGGUUAACCUGUUUGCCUCACUGCUCUGCGGUUGGGUGUUCAAAUCCAGACAGUUUGCAUAUUUUCCCUGUGCUUGCGUGGGCUUUCUCCCAGCACUCCAGUUUCCUCCCACAUUCCAAAAACAUGCAUGUUAGUUUCAUCGAAGACUCUAUAAAUUGUCCAAAGGUGUGAAUGUGAAUGCUUGUUUGUCUCUAUGUGCUCUGCUUUUGUCUGACAACUACUAAGAUUAGCACCAUAACUUAUAAUAAAUUGGUUUCAUAUACAGCUUUUCUAGAUAGGAAAAGAUGCACCAGGGAAUAAAGAAAAUUCUGUUUCAGAACCAAAAUGGUAUUCAGCAGUUUCUGCUCGGUGUUAAGUUGCCAUUUGUGAUCAUAUCAAAUUAAUGAUCCUCAAGUAAACACACCUUUAAAGAUUGUGAGCUUAUUGCAGAUUGCUCGUUUUGGUUCCGUACAGUAUGUGGCGAUGUGCUGCUCCUCAGUGCAGGGGCAGAUCUACCGUAUUCUAGUAGGAGGGAGGGGGGAAUAAUAAUUCCUGAAAAAUCAUAAACUAUCACCUUCAACCAAAAGCUGAGAUGUAACAGGUUUCCUAAUGAUUAUGUACUGUAUAUAAAAAUAUGUGAUUGCAUGAUGGAUUGCUUUUAGUAUUUUUAAUAAAUUACAGGUGAAGAAAGCAGUACUUGCAUCAUUAGAUUCUUGACCCCUGCUUUAGGGGGAUAAAGAACACCGGUUCACUUUAUACCAAUAAAAGGAUUACCAUGUCUUGUCCAUAAGUAUCUGAUCAUAUUGGGAAUCUAUUGGGUAAGAAUAGAUGCAAACAGAUCAUCAAUUGAAUGAAAAACACCUGGUCAGGUCAAUCAAGUCAAGUCUUGAUUACUCGGCUCAUGUUAAAUUUUUGAUAAGCUUCUGCAAGUGAGUACCUAACAUUGCUGGUCAACUUUAUCAGGUUAACAGAAGUGCUUGGAGGCACUUAAACCACCAAACAUAUAUAUUAAUAAAAUACAUUACACAUCAACAUUCCAGCAGGUAGAUGCUAUCCAAAAUAAAGAAAUUAACAAAAUAAUAAACUCAACUAAAUAGCCAUAAUGAGUUUUUUUUUACUCAUUAAUUCAUUUGUGUAGUCGUCAGUUUGAUACAGUUGGCAAGACAUUUCCAAAUACAUGGACAAUCUAAUGGAGCUUUCCAUUUUGGAUGACUCUACCCAACUGGUAAUGACUGGUAAUUACUACUCUGAUUCCUCAACAAUACCAGAAAUACAACCCAUGUGUUUGUGUCAAACUGAAAAAUACUUUUUGGUAGAAAGAGGAAGUGCCUGAUGUGAAGUUGCUGAACAUGCAUUAGUAUGAUGUGUGAUUGUGUCAACCGCGAAAUGUUCAAAUUACACUAUU